AAGCACAAGCACCGUGACAGGGUUCGCACACACGUUCCACGACUCGUGCCUUUCCAAAGAGGACAGCCUCGUCACCCUCGGGGAGGACACGAGCGAAGGGAACAAGGGGAGCGACGUUUGCGCUCGCGAGAGACUCUGCGGACUCCGAGAUCUAAUGUCCGGGGGUAAAAAUUCCGGAGUAAAAAUUAAGUGUCGCGCGUGUCAUCCGGCCGAUCGCCAGCGGUGAGCGAAUGCGAUCGCUCGUCGGGGGUGGUGGUCAGGAAUGCGAUCGCGAGGACGUUUGACGCGCCGCCGGAAGCAAUCUGAUUGCGGUGAAUGUGCUGCUCUCGAUUCGCGCGGACGGUGGGCGUCGUCGCGCAUUAAUCGCGAUGAUGGUGAUCGAUUGACGCCGCUUUAUCCGGUAGAUCUGUCGGCUCGAGGUCGCUCGUGCGACGAUAAUACGUGACUUCGCACCGGGGCGAUCGGUGAUCGCCAAUCGCGACUUGGCCCGUAUGGAUUAACGAACAGUGAGUCACCGUAUUCGACGGCCAGUGAAAGGAAAGCGGAGCGAGUUGUGCUGGAUAUCAUUUUUGGCUCCGUCGGCGCUCGAGUUCGUCGGAGACAAAGCUUGAAAACGGACGAGGAUCCCUACGGAAGCGUCGCAAAGAUCACGACGGGUCUGUCACGUGACAAAAUAGUUGGUUUCCAGUCUAGUUUGCAAUCGACGACGAGAGAAUGACAGAGGAUUGAAGAGCGCGCCGCGGGAGACAUCAUCGACAUCGGUUUACCUCGCAAGCGACGGAGUAAAUCGUUGCGAACAACGUGUUCAUCAUAGUCUCCCUUCAAGGACAAGUGGUCGACACCCUUGAAAACGGACUAUGUCCGGUGUUAUUAUCGGCCGUCGUGCGUGCCAUCGGUACCGUAAGCAGGGUGCCAGACGGACCGACCUGCCUUGAUUCUAGAAGAGGAGGCUGGCAAUUUUCUGACGCGACAGCUGGCUUUGAGCGGUAUCAGCAGCAGCCGCCGGCAAGAUGCCGGAGAAGGAGGUCGCUUAUCAGGAGGCAUUCCCGUUGCUGCCGCCACCACCGCCACCGCAUCACCCGCACUCGGCCUUCCACGCGACCUUAUAUUCGCACCCUCAUCCGGCGCCUCCGCCACCGUUUCAUCCGCAUCAUGGACCGCCGCCCCCGCCGCAUCCGGCCACGGCCUGGGAGCAUCACGCGGCUGCGGCGGCCGCGGCCGCCGCGGCCGUUGCCUUCCAUGCACCACCACCUCACCCAUUAUCCGGCAGCACCGCGAUCGGAACAUCCGGUAACGGCAGUGGUAGCAACGGUAACAACGCCGGCGGGGGUGGCGGCGGAGGAGGUGGAUCUGCCGGCAACGGGACUUCCGGCGGUGAUUUCCUACGCAGAAGUCAUCCCCUCUCGGAACAUACGGCCCUGCAUCCCGCGUAUCGGAUCAACUACAUGGACCAUCUUUACCACCAUCUCCAAGCCUCCACGCACAGUCCCAACGCCUCGUUACACGGACUGGGUGGUUUGGCGCCCGAGUAUCUAUUACACGCGACAGGUCCUGCUAGCACUCUUGCUUCGUCCGAAUUCCCAUUCUCUAUCGAUGCAUCGUCGAGAAUAGGAAGCCCGAGAGCCUCGGCAAUCAGAGCAAGUCGGAAAAGAGCGCUGAGCAGUUCGCCAUAUUCAGAUAGAUUUGACAUCGACAGCAUGAUUCGAUUUAGCCCAAACAGUUUAGCAUCCAUCGUGAAUGGUUCGCGAAGUAGUAGUGCAAGUGGAAGUUAUGGACAUCUCUCAGCUGCUAUGAGUCCAGCGUUGGGCAUGCAUCCCGGUAUGACGCCACAUCUGCAGCAGCUACAGGCUCAUCUCUUGAGGAGCGCGGCCGCAGCGGCGCUCUUACCUCACGCGCACCCCCUGCAGCCGCCUGCGCCCCCGCCGCCGCCGCCGCAUCCUCAUUCUCACCCUCAUGCCCAUGGACUAUCCCCCCAUUCGCAAUUGUAUCCCGGCGUGCCGCCCCAUUCCACGUCGUCGACGACCCUGAGCCCGCACGGAGCCGUCGGGGUGCCCCCGAAGAACGAGAGCGUAGAGUCAUGCAGGAAAGCGUCGGAAUCAUCUACUCGCUCGGUGACAGCCGAAGCUGACACCUCGUCAAGACGGACCGCCACCAAAGUCAAAAGGGAACCAGCGACAACUACCACCAAUGCAACCACGACCACCGUCCCACCGACCCAUCCUCAAGGUCUCAGUCCGAGCGAAGACCUCAGAGACGAACCUGGUGACUUUAUCGAAACGAAUUGUCAUUGGCGAGACUGCAGUCUCGAGUUUCCUACACAGGACGAUCUGGUGAAACAUAUCAACACCGAUCAUAUACACGCCAACAAGAAGAGCUAUGUUUGCGGUUGGGAGGAAUGCUCGAGGGAGGAAAAACCCUUCAAAGCUCAGUAUAUGCUGGUCGUACACAUGAGAAGACACACGGGAGAAAAACCUCACAAGUGUACCUUUGAGGGUUGUUUCAAAGCUUAUUCGCGAUUGGAAAAUCUCAAGACUCAUCUCAGGUCUCAUACGGGCGAGAAACCGUAUACUUGCGAAUAUCCAGGCUGCAGCAAAGCUUUCAGUAAUGCCAGCGACAGAGCGAAGCAUCAAAACAGAACGCACUCCAAUGAGAAACCGUACGUCUGCAAAGCUCCUGGUUGCACAAAGAGGUACACGGAUCCGUCGUCUCUGCGAAAGCAUGUCAAGACAGUUCAUGGCGCCGAGUUCUACGCAAAUAAGAAACACAAAGGUGGCGGUGGUGAUGGCGGUGGUAGCGACGAGGCAGGUACAGGCGGUCACAGUCCUAGUAGAAGCGAAGAUCUUCAUCCAAAAACUCCUAGCCUCUCAAGUCCAAGCGUCAAGUCCGAAAGUGAAGCCAAUAGUCCGCCUAGUAUGAUGCAGCAACAGGGCAGCCCAUUGGUAGGCGGUUGUAACGACGAGGUCGCUGGAAUAGGUGCUCUUACCGGCGAUGGAAUCGCUCUUGCCGAAGAGCCGUGGAACGAAGAACCGGAUGAUUUAGAUAUCGCCGAUCUUCCUGUAGCACUACGUGCCAUGGUCGCAGGUGGAAUGGAAUCACAGCAGCAACAAGUGCCAGCGCCUGCGUCGAGAAAUCGUCUGAAAGGAAGAUUGAACGCUAAAGCUAUGCCAAAUAUGCCAAUUGGCGUAGCAAAUGUGCGAGGGAUUCGCGGUGUCGCACUUCAGGGUAAUAUCGGCGAUCUCAAUCGAAGAAUCACCGAUUUGAAAAUGGAGGGCAAUGGUGGCCAGACACGGCAGACGAGUCUGUCCGAUCUCCAGUUAAGAUUGCAACCACUCGGUGAGCCGCGGAGAGAUAGCAGUAGUACUGUCAGCACUUAUUACGGUAGUAUGAAAUCUACAGAUUUCGGUAGUAGAAGGAGUAGCCAAGCAAGUGCUGUUAGUGCUUUAAGAAUGGGUCCUGUGGGACCUGAAAGUUUUUACGAUCCGAUCAGUCCUGGUACAUCUAGAAGAAGUAGUCAGAUGAGUACUACUUCCGGCAGACUCAAUCCACCGAAUCAUCUUCAAGGACCUUACUCGACGAGUAAUCUCGUCGUUCAAACGCAAAAUAUGUCUCUUCAGAAUAUUCAGGCAAUACCAGGCGACUGGAACAAUCCGAGCGGUCAUUGUACGCAACCGUCGAAUGAUCGACGAAUGUCUGAACCUAUUCGCAGUAAUCAGGCCCAAAGGACUUCCCCUCUGAUUCCUCCCAGACCAAGAUCGGCACAAUUGCCUGAAUUGCAGCCUGAGCUUCAUCCCAAUCAAGAGGUGAUCCUGGACGAGAUGGGUGAAGGUGAAAUGGUAGAAAACAAAUUGGUUAUUCCCGAUGAAAUGAUGCAGUAUUUAAAUCAGGUUCAAGCGGGUGGAAAUCAAAGUUAUCGUAGCAGCCCGCUACCUAUUUGUCAAUCGCCGAUAUGCACGAAUAUUUUGCAUUAUCAACGACAGAUGCAACCCAUGUGUAAUUACAAUCAAUCACAUCAACAAAAUUGUUAUCCCACUCAGCAAGUCGCACAGCAAUCUUGUCCGAACUAUUCGAAUUCUUCUGCAUCUUAUGGCCAAUGUCCGAACUCACGUACGACUCAACCUUCGUCGCAGUAUUGUCCGCCACCGAAUUACGGAUCCCAGGUUACUGGAGGUCAAGCAAGUCCAGCCACGACGCAGGUUAUGUCACCGAGUUCUCAUUAUACUUCCACUCAUUUGAGUGAUCAACCACUAACGUCUCCCGCGGCUGGCGCAUUGGCGCCGCAGCACGCACCGCAAAACUUGUCCCAAAACUCCGCUCAACUCACCAGAAAUUGUGUCCAGAAUCAUACACAUCAUGCUUACUAUCCAAAUUAUGGUUGCACUGGUCAAAUUAACGCAAACUGCACCGGCACUGCCGCCAGUCAAGUCAAUCAUCAUUCCAAUCAGACUUGCGUAUCAUCUAAUCACGCGAUGCAAAUACGAUUAACAGCUAACAACUGUCAACAAUUGUCGCCACAUUGCGCGCAGCCGACCGCACCUAUAUCCAAUUCGACCAUUUUCCAUCCGAACACGCAGUGUACGCAGUCUUCCGGUCAGUGCGCGAGGCCUAUGGUAACGCCUAAUAGUCAGAUACCCAACAUGCACUCUGCGCAACAAUCUCCGGUGUCUAAUCAAUGUGGUCCAAUGUCGCCGCAUUGUUCUCAGUUAAAUCUUUCAAAUCAAAGCAAACCGAUAAAUACACUCACUACAAAUCUUCAAAACUGCCAGCAGCCUCAACAAUCGACACCCUGUUUGCAAAUCGCCAAUUGCGUUCAUCCUAAUGGCGUGCAUCGUCAGAUCAAUGACAGUGGUAUUUCGAAAAGAACAUCACCACAGCUUUGCAAUACUCAGCAGACUAAUUGUAGAAUGCAACAGCAACAACAACAACAGACCUGUGCACAUAAUUGUCAAGCGCGCUCAAGUAAUCUUCCGGCUCAUCAACAGUACAAUUGUAAUUGUCCGUGGUCUUACGUAAAUCAAUGUUAUCACGAUCAACAUGGCGGAUCAUUGCCGGAGAUACAGUGCAGGGAUAUUAGUCAAUCGCAGCAGGGCUCGCCGGUGAAGCCGCCUCAAGGCAUGAGACAGGAUUCUUAUCGCAGGACAUUGGAGUACGUUCAACAAUGUAAGAAUUGGUCCGGCAAUGCGCAGACUCACGAAACCAAUGUCUCCAGUUCGACGCAUCCUAUAUCUUUACCGCAACCUUUACCAGCUAGUGCUAAUAUGGUUGUCAAUGACAUGACGUCUUCGCUUAGUUCUUUGCUGGAAGAAAAUAGAUAUUUGCAAAUGAUCCAAUAACCUACUGUAUACUUAUAAGAAAUACGAAUUUAAUUCCAUUAUUAUUCAUUAUUCCAUUAUUAUUCAAUAAAAAAAGUGUUAUAAUUUGCUCCUUGAUAUU